AUGCCAAUUUUUGGCGCGACACCUCUGCAGCCCAUCAAGAAUGGAUGGCAUGUUUUCUCGGACCUUGUUUGCAACAAGUUGACCGAAGGAGCUGAAAGUUUUUUGAAAAAGCAUACCGGAGCCGAUCUCUUCAUCGUUACCGGUCCUGCUGGGGUGGGGAAGUCUUCUUUCAUCAAAUCAAUCACUGGGGAAGACGUGUAUAUCGGAUCGACUCUUGAAUCUGGUACAAAGACCACCAGUCUUGUGCCAUCAGUCAUUGGAAACCAGCGCUGCUUGUUUCUUGACAUGCCUGGAUUCAAUACUCGCGACUUCGAUGACUGGGACGUCUUUCAUAGGCUCAUGACGGCCAUGUCCGUUGUUGAGCGAUACGUCGAAUUCCGUGGUGUCCUAUAUGUGGAUUCUAUGGAGGAGAAUCGUGUUACGCCUGCGACAGAGAAGAUCCUCACCUGGCUUUGGCUUUUCUGUGGCCAGGACUACAUGCCCAAUGUCACAAUUGUCACAACCAGGUGGGACGGCCUGGAUGUUGAUGGCAUCCAAAGCAAGAUGUCUCGUGUUGAGAGAUGGCAAGCAGAAGGGUUGUUGCAACGCUUUUUCUCGCACGGAGCGAGCAUUUACCACCAUGGACUCGUCAUGGAAGGCGGCAAUUACAAAACGUUGCAUAUCGAGAGGCGGGCCGAAGAAAGGCGGCUGCUCGCUCGGGAUGAAAUCACGGCGCGCUACCACGACCCAACAACCCUCAAGCUUCAGAUCUAUACCGAAAUCGCAAAUGGGGCUACCAUCGACACAACACUCGCCGGUAAGUUGCUGAAAUAUGGGCGCGCGGCCGACGAUACCCAGGGCCAUGGCGAAGCAAGCACAGAUUCCUCAACUGGAAGUGAUUCGGCCCGCGAGGAGCAACGAGGGGAACACCAACAGAGAGAUCGGGCAAAUAGCUAUGGUGAAGCCUCUGCGAGAGCGGCAUGGGCAGAUCAAUUUUCAUAUGCUUGGGAAGACAUCAAACCCUGGGUCCGUCUCUUGUACAUGGCCGCCAGAAUGUAUAUGUCGUCGUCCUCAUCGUCCUCGCCGUCCUCGCCGCCCGUAUUUGAUUCCUUUGUCGAUGAUGAUUCACAGGGCAUUUUCUUUGAAGAAGAGUUCAGUUUCCCUGAUGAACCCUUCUCUGGCCCAGAAGAAAGUUCGGGGUGGGGAUGUGUGAUCCUUUGA